AUGAACGAGGUGAAGGGGUCCCUCCGAAGCAUCGAGCAGAAGUACAAGCUGUUCCAGCAGCAGCAGUUCACCUUUGUCGCGGCACUGGAGCGCUGCCGGGAGAACGCCCACGACAAGAUCCGGCCCAUCUCCAGCAUCGAGCAGGUGCAGACCUACAUGGAGCACCACUGCAGCAACGCCACGGACCACCGCAUCCUGCACCUGUUCCUAGACCUGUGUGCAGAGCUGAGCAGGCUCUGCCAGCGCUGCGAGACCCUGCACCCGGGCACGCCGGUCACCAACAGCCUCCUCGACAAGUGCAAAGCCCUCGUGAGCCAAAGCAACGACCUGAGCAGCCUGAGAGCAAAGUACCCUCACGACGUGGUGAACCACCUGAGCUGUGACGAGGCCCGGAACCAUUACGGGGGCGUGGUCAGCCUCAUCCCCCUCAUCCUGGACUUGAUGAAAGAAUGGAUCGCCCACUCGGAGAAGCUGCCCCGCAAAGUGCAGCAGCACGUGAGUGCGCCCCAGAAACGCCAGGAGGUCACCGCGGCCGCCGCCUGGCCUUCCCAGACCAGAGGCGCCGGGCCUCAGUCAAGAAACCACCAGUGGAGGCAACUUACAAAAGAGCCUCAGGCCUGGGGGAAAGGCCACGGUUCGAAGCCUCCCUGGAGACCGCCCGGUGGGAAGCUGUAA